AUGCUGAUUCAAGAAUCCCACGUCGACGUGCCCACGUCUGCCAAUGGCAAGAACAGCACCAUGCGCAUUUUUGUAUUUCACCCGGUCAUUGCAGGCUACCCAAGGGCUCGGUUCCCUGGUGUCUGCCUCUUCAGCGAAAUUUACCAAGUGACUGGACCAGUCGCUCGGUUUGCUCGCCAGAUAGCCGGGCAAGGAUACAUUGUCGCGGCACCAUCCUCUUACCAUGACUUUGUUGGGCCGGAACCUCUCAAGUACGACGUGGAAGACACGGACCGAGGCAACAAAUUCAAGAUUGAAAAGACUCUCGAGUCCUACGAUGCCGACUCCCACGCAACAGUCGACUACCUCCUCUCACUCCCAACAUGCACCGGCCUCAUCGGCUCAACCGGCAUGUGUCUAGGCGGCCACCUCGCCGUCCGAGCUGCCGUACGUUUACCACAAACCUUUACUGUUUGGAGCUUUGUCUUGUCUAACACCUCCCAGCUUGACCCCCGCAUCACCGCCUGCGUAUCCUACUUUGCCACAGACAUUCACAGCCGCACCCUCGGCCCCUACACUGCUGCAAACUCAUCCCCCUCUGCCCCCGCAAACUCCAACCACACAAUAGACCACCUUUCCAGGCUGGGGGGAGAAGUAGCAAUGAUCUUUGGUAUCAAAGACACCCACGUCCCCGACCAAGGUCGCGACCUGAUUCGCAGCAAACUCCGUGAUGCGGGCUGCGUUUUUAGCUUUCACGAAUUCGCCUGGGCCCAGCAUGCUUUUAUACGGGACGAGUUGAGCAAAGGGAGAUAUGACCCGGCCGUUACCAAGAUUUGCUUUGAGAUUUUGCUGGAAUUGUUUGGAAGGGUGUUGAAGACUGAUCUUGGUCAGAAGGAUGGGAAUGUUGCGCCGCCAGAACACGUUUGCUAA